AUGACUUCCGAGCACGAAUACCAUGAUCUUCACUCCGGCAGUAGCCAUAACGGCUCUUCCACCGAAGUCGAAGAGUCCCUGCUCAGCGAGAAAGAAGACGACUGGCAACCGAAACGGGGAGGACAACGACGACGAACAUGGAAAGGGAGAGUGUUGGAAAAGAUAAAAUCAAACUGGUGGAUCGUAGACACCUCUCUCCUCCUGAUCAUCAUCGCUUUGCUCGUCGAGCCGCGAUGGCAGAAAUGGAAGAAGAUCGAGUAUGAGUUUGCAGGCGAUGUGACUGGGUUUGCUCCGCAAUUCUCGCAACAGAUAACGACCUUCAAGCCCGACUUGGGGUUCGCUCCGGAGAAUACCUCUGAAUUCUGGAGUGAUGCCGUGCAGGACAAAUGGCUGAGCAUUGUGCCACGAGGCCUGGGCUAUGUCCGCGUGGACAACCCCUCCGAAUACAACAAUCUCCCGACUCCGAUCCACGAUUACGCCAACAUGACUGUCUUUACCACGGCCAUGCCGCACCAGUUGCACUGCCUUUACAACAUCCUCGCCGUCUACGCUGCCAUCACAUCCGAUAACCCUCGUGGCCUCCCCACGGAGAUGACGUUCCAUCUGCAGCACUGCUUCGAGUACCUCCGCUUGAGCAUCAUGUGCUGCGGGGACGUCGCCCUGGAAGGCGCCGAGACGACGUUUCCGGAUGGAUUCGAUGGCAGCGAUGGGUGGGAUGCGAUGCACGUGUGGCGAAUGACAGGUUGUGGAUAUGAUGGCUGGCAUGUAGAUAGGCUGAGCAUGAUAAUGAAGGAUCUGAGCUUUUCUCCUAGAAUAACUUAUCUUUCAACCUGCUUGGACGUCUCGAGAGUGACGGACUUAGGGUUAGGGUUAAUCGCCUACCUCACCUCUGUACGAUGUAAUCGCUCAGAGCAACAGAGCAAAAACAAGGCCAUCUACCGAGAGAGCAAGAUUCAAUAUACCAAUUGUCAAUUGUCAAUUUGA